AAGAAUCUGCAUGUAUGUCAGUGUCGUAACCUACUUUGAUUGCGUAACACAAAAAAACUGUUACAACGACAAUGCAAAAUAAAUUAUUUUUUGUGUUCUCACUGACAUUUCUGUAUUGGGUCAAAUCAUCGCCGCUCGACCGCGGAUCACUGGCGUUUGACAAUCUUGACACUGACAUAUCCGAUUUAAAAUAUGAAGGUGGUUUAGAAGAUUUUUUUAAAACUGAUGACGACGCGAAGAGUAAGCCCAAAACAAAAAUUAACGCUUCAGGAUAUAGAAAAAAGAAGGCAAAGAACCAAGGUGUAAAAAUCGAUUUUGAUAUCGAAGAUUUAAAGAAAUUCUUGAAAGAGGCUGGUUUAAAAGAUGUUGGUUCCUACGACGAUGGUGCUAUUUACGCCCUAGCGGAGGGCAUAACUGCCAAAGGUCUUGGUGUAACUGGCAACGAAGAAAAAAAAUAUAAAAAGGGCUUUAAAACGAAAGGAUUUCACAGAAUUUCACAUAAGGAUGAAUACCAGAAGGACAAAGAGUUUUACAACGAGGAUGAAACCAGCGGUGUUAUAAAGAAAGUGGGUGCAAAAGGUUUUGGCUUUGGGAGUAGCAUAGGAGCUGGAAUUGGCAAAGGGUACUACAAACACAAUCGCGCUAAAGGUUUAUAUGGAAAAACUGGUUUCUCUGAUGUAGGAAAUCUUAAUAAAGAUUAUGAAGGUUACGCGGGUUCCGACGGGAUUGAAGAAUAUUUUGAUGCUGAAAAGCAAUAAAUUUGCAUUACUUUGUUAAGGACUAUAAAACUAUAAAUAGUAGUUACUUCAAUGCAGAUUGCUGAUUAUUUAUUGAAAUUAAAAUAUUAUUCUUAUAUACAUUCAUCUAAUAUUAAAUAUUUUGCAAUGAAAUAAUAAAAGCUGUUUUU